AUGGCGCCCACCGUCACCGCAGUGCCGGUCCCGUCUGUCGCGUCCAAGAUCAAGCGCCCUAUUCCGCCGGGCAUCCAAACCAAUGGCGUCUCGUCGUCCCGCUCGUCGCCGUCCCCAUCCAUGUCCGCAAAGCGCGCCCCUUCGGCCGUCCGCCAGCCCUCCAACCCCCCCACUACCAACGGAACGGCUGCUACGCCUGUCCGACCUCCCCCUAGCCGUGCGCGUAGGGAAUCGUCACAGGUGCUGGGCCGCGGUCAGAGAAGUGCCGGUCUUAGGUCGACCAGCAUUGUUCCUGACUUUGCCGUCUCGCCGGUGAUCGAGCCACCCCCCUAUGUUAUUACCGAUGAUUACAUCUUGAAGAAGUACGCGGGCAACCCGCCGUCGCUAAUUGUUCACAUGCACCCAACACAUUUCCGCUUCGACCAGCAGGAGGGCAUGUUCCAGUACAAAUCACCCAUGAGGAUAUUUCUGGAACACUUGAAGGCCCGAACUGUCCCGCACGACAUGGUCGAGUACUUUACGCAGUGGGGCGUGCCCUUCUACGAGGGCUGCCUGAUCGUCCAGGUGCACGACCAUAAGUCUGUUGCACAGUCCAAGGAUGUUGCGAAGCCAGCAUCUUCGGCGACCAAAACGACCCCAUUUUCCAUCCAUAAUUAUAAUCCCUACCUAACGCCUUCGCCUUAUGUUCCGUACCCAAAGGAGAACCAGACCUCCAACGGAGAGACACCCCACGCCGCUGAUACCGACGCGACGGAGAAGACGGCCGAGGAGAAAGAUAAAGAAAACAUGCCGGCCCCCAGCGCUCUCACGGACGGUCAGAAGAGCAAGGGCGCGUCCAAGGCUAAGGUGUAUACUGUUGUACUACACCCUACCCAGCAGAGUUUGCAUAUGGAUUUGGCCAUCAAAGCAAGCACGCCGCGCGGAGCAUCAGACGGCCGCGAUGGAAAUGCCCCCCCUCCAACCCCCCAUGGUGUACCGCCAACACCUACUGCCGCGAGCAUGCCACCACCGGCCAAGAAGCAGAAGCGAGAACGAAUGGAGCUGGAUGCUAGCAACAUAUAUGCGGCGGAAGCGCAGAUAUUGCUAGCAACAACUGCGCCGCUGGAUCUAGAGCCCACCAAGAACGCUGAAGAGACCAUCACGAAACUUGAGAAGCUCUCACACCCUGACUAUUCACACAAGCCGCCUCAGCCCAAAAUCCGGAAGAGAACUGUUGCAGAGGUUGCGGCCGACGAGGCACUGGCUGCCGAGCAAGAGCGGUACAUGCUGGCACUUGACGAGCGCCUAUCCUCCAAGUUCGUCCGGUCCCAGGCAGGGGGCAAUGGCGCUGACGGGGAUGGCCAGUCUGGAGGAUCCACUUGGGAGCCCCGGUUUGAGCGAUUCAAGCUCAUUGCAGACAUCAAGAGAGAACAUGCAGAGAAGAAGGAGCAAGAGAAGAUUAAACAGCAAGAAAACGAACGGCGGGUGGCGCUACAGAAGCAGCAGUCCGAACAGCAAGCAGCAGCUCAAGCAGCAGCGCAGGCAGCAGCGCAGCAGCAGAGACAGGCGGAGCAAGAGCGCCAGAGACGAGAGAUGGCCCUCCGCGAGCAGCAGCGCUUGGCGGCUAGUGCGCGAGCAGCACAAGCUCAGCAAGCUCAGCAGGCUCAAGUUCAGGCCCAAGCACAACAGCAGGCUCAGGCUCAGGCUCAGGCACAAGCACAGCAGCAGGCUCAGGCCCAGGCCCAGCAACACGCUCAGGCUCAAGCUCAAAUCCACCAAGCACAGGCACAGGCACAACAGCAGGCCCAGGCCCAGCAAGCCCACCAGGCUCAGGUACAGGCACAGGCUCAGGCCCAGGCUCAGGCACACCAAAAUGCGAAUGGAUCGAAUAUGGGCCAGACUCACCAUGUCAAUGGUGCGCAAAACAGCCCGCUGGCCAACGGAAUGCCCAAUGGAUUGCCCACAAGCAUGGCGCCUCAAGCACAGGGGCGAUUCUCUCAAGUUUCCCAGGCGCAGGUCUCAUCGCCAAUCGUACGGCAGAACACGCCUCAGACGGCGUCGUCUCCCAUGGUGCACGGCGUUCCCAUGCAGCAUUCGAAUUCAAACAUGGGUGGAAGCCCUCCGAGACCUUCAUCCGUCGUCCAAGCCCACGGCAUGUCUGUGCCUAUGGCUGCUAGCAUGUCGGCUCGAGGAAGCCAGCAGAGCCAUCCGGGCGGGACCCCCAGGGUCCGCAACGCGACCCCUAACACGGCAGUCGGAGCGCAAGUUGGAACCCCAAUUACACGUCCGCAGCUGGUGGCUACACCGCGCAUGACGCAGGCAAGCCCACCACCUGGCGCCAUGACACAAGCCCAACAAGUAGGACAGGCCAUGUUGUUGCACAACCAAGGCAUGCCUCAGAUCGCCAGCCAGAACUUCUCAAACGCGCAGUUGAUCGCGCAUCAGCAGCGUAUGAUGCAGCAGCGGAUACAGUUGCAAUCCAUGCAAGCAAACGGGCUUAUGAACAACCCGGCUGGUAAUAUGGCUCUCCAACAGCAGCAAUUGAUGCAGCAACGGCUCCUGCAGCAGCAGAUGCAGCAUCACCAGCAACAACAGCAGGCGCAGCAGCAGCAGCACCACCAGGCGCAACAGCAACAGCAGCAGCAGCAGCAGCAGCAGCAGCAGCAGCGCGGCCAAAUGAUGAACGCUCAGCUGGCACAGCAGUAUUCGCAACAGCUCAGCACCAUGCAGAAUAACAUGCAGCAACAGGCGCACGUAGGUCAGCUGCAGAAUCUCCAGCGACAGCUUGCUGCUCAGGGGCAGACCAUGAUAGGCGGCGCUAUGAGCCCGUCGCAAAUGGCGGCCAUGCAGCUGCAGCUGCAGCAAGUUCAGCAGCAGCAGCAGGCGCAGCAGCACCAAGUGCAACAGCAAGCACAGCAGCAACACCAACAGCAGCAGAUGCAGCAGCAGAUGCUGAUGAACCCUGUCAUACAACAGCAAAUCCGGAACCAGUUUAGCGCCAUCUACACCAAGAGCCUUCCCAACUUUGCUGAACGGUAUAACGGAGCCCACAAUAUCCCGCCGGACAUGCUGGAGACUUUUAGAAAAAGUUGCCAGGUGCAAGCGAGAACUGUGGUGCUGAACGCGAUCUCAGCUAGAAAUAAUCAGGCCCUUCAGAUGCAGCAGCAGCAGCAGGCGCAGCAGCAGCAAGCAGCGAUGCAAGGGAUGAUGCCCCAGGGCAUGUAA